ACGCAGCCAGUCUGCCAGUAUAUGUUACUGCCAAAGUGCACAACUAGAGCAUCUGAACGCCAGCUCCACUUACCAAAAAUGAUGCCUUCUCAUUUUUACAACUGUUAAAAGGCAAAUACACCCACCACAAAUAUAUAGCUAGAACCUCAUUUGAUUUCUACAGCAUACAUUUAUAUUCAGAUUUGAGAGAGAUUGAAAGAGAAAGAGGAGAAUGGGGGAUUUAGCGAGAAAGGGAAUUGUAGGAUUAAUGAUAAUAGUAGUAGUGAUGAUUGGCAUGGACGGUGCAGAAUGCAAGCUGCACAAGGUGGGCGCAAGAGGCUGGAUCCCUAACUAUAACUACACUGAAUGGUUGAAUCAACGGGAUGAGCAUUUCUAUGUGGGUGAUUGGCUCUACUUUGUGUUCGACAAGCAUUACUUCAAUGUGCUGGAGGUUAACAAAACAAGCUACGAUAGCUGCAAUGAUCAAGGCUUCAUAAAUAACAUUACCCGCGGUGGGCGAGAUGUGGUUCAACUCACCGAGCCAAGGCCAUAUUACUUCCUUAGCAGCGGAGGCUAUUGCUGGGGUGGAAUGAAAGUUGCCAUCUAUGUCGAACAAAUUCCACCCACCCCAGCUCCGUCUCCGACUCCGGCCAAAAGUGGCAGCUCUUUGUCCUCAACUACAACUACCCUGAUGAAGACGAUUCUCUCCACUGCUUUUUAUGUUGCUUUAGUCUGGUCCAGUUUCUUCAAUUAAUCUUUUUUUUUUUUUUUUCUUUCACUUUUUCUUUUGGUUUUGGCCUUCUUUUUGAAAGAGGUUUUAUUUAUCGUUUAAAGACAAAUAGUUUCUUCCCCUUGUAGGUAGUUAUUGUGAUAGUUUUCUUUUUAGAAUUAAUAGUUUGUGAUGUUGGGAUUG